UAUAUCUCUUUCAAGCUAUUACCUUCAUUAGUAUACAUCUAUGCCUCCAUUUUCAGACGAAAAGAUGACUAACCGGAGUAUUGGGAGAAAAGUUCUGAUUGAUCAAUCAAAACAGCAACAAAUUAGUUUGAUUAGUGGUUUUCGUGGUGUGGCAAGACAUUUAAAAAGUGUUCUUACUGUUGAAAUAAACACAGAACCAAUUAACUUAAAUGGAUUAGAAGAUGUUCGGAUGCUUAUCAUUCCACAACCAAAGACAUCAUUUGGAACUGGAGAGAUUGAAGCAAUAUGGAAGUUUGUGGAAGAAGGUGGUUCAUUGAUGAUCCUUUCUGGUGAAGGUGGUGAGAGACAAUCAUUAAAUGAAAUGAUUGCAAAAUAUGGAAUUACUGUGAAUAAGGAUUCGGUAAUUCGUACUGUAUUCCUGAAAUAUUUUGAUCCGAAAGAAGCUUUAGUAGCAAAUGGAGUCAUAAAUCGAGCAAUUGCAGUGGCUGCAAAAAAGAAUGUGAGCACUGAGCAAAAACAUAAUUCACAAGCACUUUCAUUCAUUUAUCCAUAUGGAUGUACUCUAGAUGUGAAUAAUCGUAUGUCGAAUGUAGUAUUGUCUUCUGGAAGUACAAGUUUUCCAACAAGUCGCCCAGUUGCCGCUUUUCAUGAGACAAAACUCAAUGAAAUGAAAAAGAAAGGUAGAGUGUGUGUGGUUGGAUCAGUCUCGAUGUUUCAUGACACAUACAUCGAUAAGGAAGAAAAUGGAAAGAUUUUUGAUACAUUUGUGGAAUUCCUGGUCAAUGGUCUUGAACUGAACACGAUAGAUGCUGCAGAGCCGGAAAUUAAUGAUUACACAAAUAUUCCAGAUCAUAUUCAUAUGUCCCAGCAGAUCAAGGUUUGUAUGUACGAAGGAGAAUUGGAUCAGGCAAUCAGUUCGGAUUUCAUGAAGAUUAUGGAUACUUCGUUGCAUUCUUUUAAUUUGAAACAUUGGCCAAUGACUAUAAGAUUGUAUGAAGCAUUGAAUCUUUCACCUCCACCACUUACCCUUGUUGAACCUCAAUUUGAACUUCCAAUGCCUCCAUUUCAACCUGCAGUAUUUCCACCAACAUUUCAAGAAUUACCAAUGCCUCCUCUUGAAUUAUUUGAUCUUGAUGAACAGUUCAGCUCUCCGGAAAUUCAACUUUCUCAGCUCGCAAAUAGAAGCGAGGAAGAAGAUCUCAUAUUCUUUAUUGAAAAAGCUGGUGAAAUUACUGGAAUAUCUGCUGAAUUGACAAGAAGUGAACGAACCCCCAAGAAAAUAAUUGAGUUGGCAGUGAGCAAACUCAUGUUAUUCAAACGUUCAAUGAUGGAUGGAGAGUUGGAAGUUGCAUCAGCGUUCGAUAUUGGAGAGCAUGAUGCUCAUCAUCAAAGUUUUAAUCAAGGCGAAGAGAUGGACGAGCAGCUGUUCUCUGAUAUUGAUGAGUUCGAUGAUUUGUGAUUGAUUUGUCUGGAGAUAAGAUAAUAAAAUAUUCAUGUUGAAAAAAAAA